AUGAAAACUAUGGAGGAUAGUGAAUUUGAAGUUGGAGUUGCGAAGACAAUGUCAAAUGAAAAAGAAUUGUGUCAAAAGCAAACAGAAUCUGGAAAACUCUGGCAAGUGCAGAAGAAUUGGCUAGAAGCAAGGAAGAAAAUCGCUUCACUGGAGGCACAGAUUAAUAUGCAUAUAUUAUUGCAAUUUUCGCAUCGCUUGCGUGAAGAAUCUUUGGUUUGUGAAAUGGUUGAUUUGCGAAGGAAUCAGGAAAUAAAUCAGGCGAAAUUUGAUGAAGAACGACGCGAAUGGUUGCGUGACAUUCGAGAAUUUCAACGAAAUAAGCUACAGAAUUCUGAUAUUGGCAAUGUUGAAAUUGCUAAACUCAAGGCUGAAAUCGCUGAACUGAAAUCUUCUUUAGAUGAUGCUGAACGAACUCGCAUGUUUUUGCUUGAAGAUAACGGUAAAAUAAAACAACAAAAGGCAAAAUUGAGAUGUGACUACAACACGCUAAAACGUGAGCAUAGUAAACUACUAUUGUCUCAUCAAUCUGGAGCAGCUUCGAUGAAAAGAGAAAUUCUUUGUGAUAGAAAUGGAGCAGGAAAUUCCAUGAGCUACUGCAGUGAAAAUAGAUCUGAAUGUCGGGUCAAUUUUGGAUCAGCGGUACUUGGUCUUUCUGAAACUUGCAAUAUAUGUAUACCCGCAGUCACGUCCACCGAGUUCACUGUUUCUAAUAAUCAGAAUGUAAAGUCUACUUCAGAUUGUAACACGAAUUCCACUGUUAGAUCUUUAGAUACGCAGGUAUUAUUAUAUUAUUAUUCUGGGUGUAGCUUAUGGCUCUUCUGUGUUGUGGAACUUACUGAAAAAUUAAAACGCGCUAGUGAAAGAAACAGUGAUUUGCAAAAGGCUUUGCGUAUUGUUGAUGCACAGUGCGAAAAGCUAGUGAGAAGUUUCCAGGAGCUUAAAUUGCGAUAUAAAACGAAAAAAUCUGAUCGUUUGUUGAAAAGUCGAUCGGAGAUUAACAUAAUCCCACCUGCCUGUAGUUCUUCUGAACGGUCAGAUACCGAUUUGGGACACUCUACUUUGGAAAGAAAUUGCAUGUUACUGUAUCGAAAUUUCCAGGACAAUGGGUCUGAUGCGUCUGAUGCAGUCAAGCGCAGUUAUACACCUUGCCUCUCUACCGUUAGAAAGCGUCCAAGAAAUGAUCUCUGUUGA